GGGGGAGAUCAUGAGUGGGGUGGUCUAGCUCAUGGGACAAGGAAAGGGGGGGGCACUGUGCAACUUGCUGGACAGGACUUGCAUUCAAACACAGAAGCUAAGCAGGAACAGAUACCAAGGAGGCUGGGAUUAAGAAAGGAAACUUGGAAGGAAGAUUCGCACGCUUUGCUCUGCAGAGAAGUUUCGAGAAGUUAAACAUAUUUGGAAAUCCUCACAACAGUCUGAAAGGGCAGGAAAAGGAAGGGGACAAGCAAGGCCGUCACUUCCAAGAGGCAAGUCAAGAGAGCUGUUAAUGCAACUUGAUCCAGUGGGUCUUGCCCUAAAAAUACCUCUAAGAGAGUGGCAGCUAUCGCUAUCUCCUAAAUUACCUGGUAAACGACAAUUUCUUCUUCUUUAAACAACAACUGAGGUCAGACAGCAGCGGUUCUAGGACACUUUAUCCAUGGCAGAUGUGUUUGUAAAUAUUUAAAUUGGGCUUAUCAAAUUAAAUUAAGUUCUAAAUCUUGAAUACAAAAUGUGAGAACUUUGUUUACUGUAAUGUAUACUUAAUCUGUCAUAGUAUCUAAUGGCCUCUCUUGAUAUUGGUGUACAAAACUAAGAGAGGGCCCAGUCAGUGUUAGUGCAAUUCAAAACCCGUACAGUUACAGGAUCCAUUAAAGGAUCUACCAAAUCAGUUCCACCAUGAGAAAAGCUGAGGUGCAAAUGACCCUGAAAAAAGGGGCAGAUGAAACAGUGGCAUCCCCAAGCCCCAUCAUCCCCCCAAAACGGUCCAAAUCAAGUUUGGAGCAGGCUGCCCCGGAACCUCGAGAACCCGGUCUUCCCACUCCGACUCCUCCUGUUUUUAUCCGCAAAAUGAGGAAUGCCGCCGUAGGGACUGGAUGCGACAUCCGCCUCAAGGUGACUGUGGCUGGAGACCCCCAGCCCUCCCUGUACUGGUACCACAAUGAUGACCUCCUCAACAUGGAGAACCAGGAGUACGGAGGACUUUGGAUUAGGGAUUGCAAACCCAGUGAUGCAGGCCUCUACACAUGCAUCGCCAAUAAUCACCUGGGAGAGGCCCGGAGCAGCGCUGUACUCGCCGUCUUGGAUCUGGGUGAAGAUUCUGAAACAACAGAGGAUGAAGGUGACCAAUUUGAGACCAAAGAAGAGGUUGGGGAUGUUGAGGACCAGGAUGUGCAUACAGUGAAGGACAAAUGUCCAGAAGAUGAUAGUAGAACGCAUGGACAUGAAGAUCACUUGAACACAACCAGCCAGUCAGAAAAUUAUUUAAGAGAAUCUCCCUCAGAAGUCCUCCCACCCCCGUCCCCGAGACUCAUCAAACGAACCUCCACGUCUCCAAUGCCAAGUCGUUCAACUACACCUCUUAGCUUGCGGAAGAAAAUUGUGUCGCCAACUGAAUACCAAGACACAGUGCCUGGAGAGUUUGAGGAUAAGGUUAAGCAGCCAAAGUCUGUAACACAAAGUAGCACCCAGGACUCCCGGCCACAGACUCCAGUGAGCGAGUAUUCCCGGAAAGAACUUACUCCGAGACCAUCUCCAAAGCUAACCAGGGCAAGCUCAAAGGUUUUUGAGAAGGUCCGCGGCCUAGAAGAGCGGAGACGCAGUCUUGAUAUUCCAGAAGGAUCCAUCUCAGGAAGAUCCUGGGCUGGGUUCAACCGUGCUGGAUCUGUAGAUUCAGAUGAUGGAGGAAGCCGGUUGGGCAUCUCUAGAGAAAGUUCAAGGGAGGAUCUAAGGGAGGCUUUGAAAGAAGAUGCUGCUGAGCGUAGAUCUAUGUUUAGACAGAGAGCUGCUUCGCUGGAAGAGAAACCUCGCUACUCCCAAAAAGUUCAGGAUAUUGAGAACAAGUUCACUGAGGAACUCCAGCGCAUCAAGAAACUUGUGGGUAAACCUCAUUUGAAGAAGUCGUUUUCAACAGAGCAGCUGACUCUGAAGAGCAAGCAGCGACAGCCUCUGAGGAAAAUUGAACCUAUUCCUCCACAAGUCCUCCAAAAGCUCCAAGAAAGGGAACGUGCCCAGUGGGCAAAGGAACAGAGAGAAAAGGAACAAAGUCAGCAACCAAUGCAGCAGCAACAACCAACGGCCCAAAGGACACCAAGUACCCAUUCAACAAGUGUAACAGUCAGUAGAUUUGGAGAGGUUGCAGGCACCCCAGAGUCCAUGCAGUUAUCCGACUUACCAGGACAACGAUCAGUGAGAGAAUUAAGUAGAGUCAGUCCAGUUACAGAGAUCAUUCAGAGAUCAUCAUCACCUGCUUUAUAUUAUCAACAAAGGGAAGGGUCCCCGAGUAGAAAUGUUGCUGAGAUGACAUUACGUAAGGUUGAGCGAAGGCCCCCAAGUCCGCUUGUACAAAGGGUAUCUCGAAUGCAGGAAUCCCAGCACAUCCCAGAAUCUCUUGCGCAAACAUCACAAAAGGACCAGCCUUCAGGGAGAAAGACGCCAAUAGAAGUAGUAUUACGAAAAAUUGAGAACAGACCUGAAAGUCCACUGGUUCAAAAAAGAGGUAUCAUGGUGCAAGAUUUUCCUUCUCAACCUCCUCCAAAACCCCCAAGGAUGUCACCGCUCAGUCCAACAGAGGAGAAAAUGGAAGUGGAGCCAUUUAAACCAGCCUUGAAAAUUAGGAUCCCAGCAAUUAUUGUCGAAGAUGAAAAGAUGGAAGAGGAUGUUACUGUGAAGACAAGAGAGCCUCAGCAGAUUACCUCCAGCACCCCAGAGGGACUACAGCUGAAACCCAAAGCCAAGAAGCGCCGCCCUCGACCCAUGUCUCCAGAGUUAGAUUCUUCAGAUGAUUCUUAUGUGUCUGCUGGAGAAGACCCAAUGGAGGCCCCUGUAUUUGAGUUUCCCCUGCAGGAUACUGUAGCAUCUGCUGGAGCAGAUGUGCUGCUAAAAUGUAUCAUUGAUGGAACCCCCAUUCCUGAAGUUACCUGGAUGAAAGACAACAAUGAAAUCACAGGGAAUGCUAAUUACACCGUCAAAGUGGAGGGUGAGCGGCAUAGUCUGCUCAUCAAAUCAGCCAGACUAACCGAUGGGGGAAAAUACUGUGUAACUGCUUUCAAUCAGGUGGGCAGAGCGUCCAGCAGUGCCACCCUUAUGAUUAAACCAGAGUCUGUACAUGAGGCGAGGGGAAACCUGGGUGUGCCUGUGGAUAUCAGCAGCCCUAUCACAUCUGAUGAGGAGUAUCUCAGUCCCCUGGAGGAGGGCAUGGAUUUUGGAGGACCAGAGCCUAUUCGAAAUAUUGAUACACGAUUCAGAAGACCCCCUUCAUUCCUGGUAACAAUGAGUGAUCAAGCCGUAAUUGAAGGACAAGAAGUCACCAUGUCUGUCCGUGUAAGUGGACAGCCCAAACCCAUGCUGUAUUGGCUGCGGGACAGAGUUACGGUGAAAUCAGGCCCACGUCACAUCGUCCGGGAGGCGGAAGAAGGCACUUUUGAGAUGACCAUCAAGUCAGCCGUGAAAUCAGACUCUGGGAUUUACACAUGUAAGGUCAUUAACGAGUACGGGACAAAGCAGUGUGAAGGAAAGCUGGAAGUGAAAGCUCAACCAUUUGAGCCGGGUCUGGCUGUGGUCCGCCCGGUCAGGGACAUCACAGCCAAGGCCGGAGAGACCGUUCUGUUUGAGUGUCAUGUCAUCGGCCCGAAGGACACUGACGUGGACUGGCUGGCGGACGGGAAACUGAUCCAGCCGGCAUUGCUCAACUGUAAGAUGCACUUUGACGGCAGAAAGUGCCGUCUGCUGCUCAACUCGGUCCACGAGGAUGACAGCGGGACAUACAUGUGCAAGCUUAGCACCGCUAAAGAGGAAGUGACUUCAUGCGGCAAACUCAAAGUCCUCCCUUCACUUGAGCCGCUAUUCACUCGGAAACUGGAUGUUUUAGAAGUGAUUGAGGGACGUAACGCUCGAUUUGACUGCAAAGUCAGCGGGACGCCAGCUCCCAAAGUCAUCUGGAGUCACUUUGAUCAUCCACUCGCAGAAAGUGAAGAUGUUCGUAUUCUUCAGGAAGGCGGCCGCCACUCUCUCAUCAUUUCUCAUGUGACCAAUGAUGAUGAAGGAUUUUACACCGUCACAGCCCGCAACGGGCACGGGGAUGCAGAGAGCUCGGCUGAACUCUACAUACAAGAACAUCGGCCAGCCAUCUCCUCACAGAUGGCAAAACUGGAGAAGAUGCCCUCAAUCCCAGAGGAGCCGGAGGUCCCAGAGAACGAGGUGGAACGUUUCACUAUGCCUGACUUCAUCAAACCCCUUUAUGACCUGGACGUCAUCGAGGGGAAGGAAGCCGUGCUCAAAUGCAAAGUGGCUGGUUUGCCGUAUCCCACCAUUGUCUGGUUCCACAACGGCAAGAGGAUUGAGAGCACAGAGGACAGGAAGAUGACGCAGUUCCGUGACGUCCACAGCCUGGUCAUCCGCUCAGUGUGCCACGCCCACGGUGGAGUCUACAAGAGUGUCAUCUCUAACAAAGUUGGCAAGGCCACCUGCUACGCUCAUCUCUAUGUCACAGAUAUCCUCCCUGACCCUCCAGAUGGGACACCAGUGAUUGAAUCUAUUACUGGCAAAACCAUCAUUAUAAGCUGGAAGAAACCAAGGAGGCUGGACCCUUCCAUUGAUCCCAGCUCCCUGAUGUAUGCCAUCCAACAACAGGCAUUAGGCUCCAUCCAGUGGACCAUCAUAGCUUCUGGCCUGAAGGAGACGACCUACACCAUCACCACCCUCUCCAAAAACGUGCGCUACGCUUUCAGGGUCCUGACAAUCACCUCCAAAGCCUUCAGCAAGCCCUCACCUGCCACAGACCCGGUGCAGCUCCUGGACAGAGGCUCCUAUCUUCAAGAGGCUCCAGUGAUUAUUGAUAAGCCAGAAAUCGUCUAUGUGAUUGAAAACCAGUCAGUCACCAUCACUGUCACGCUCAAUCAUGUCAACGCUGCUGCCAUCUGGAAGAGGAGGGGAGCAGUCCUGUCCAGCAAGCCCGGCCUGUAUGAGAUGACCAUGCCAGAUGACGACCAGCACACGCUGAAGCUGCUCAAAGUGAAGAGUUCUGACAUCGGAGAGAUGGCGUUCCUGGCCUCCAACAAGUACGGCAAUGACAGCUGUACCUUCAACGUGGAGAUGGCAGCUCCACCAACAUUUGAAACUAUCAUGGAGGACUUGGACGUUAGUGCCGGGGAGACCCCUCGCUUCGCUGUGGUUGUGGAGGGCAAACCCAUUCCUGACAUCCUCUGGUUCAAGAAUGAUACCCUGCUGUCAGAGGGAUGUCACUUCACAUUUGUGUACGACGAUAAUGAAUGUUCCCUGGUGGUCCUCAACGCUCGUCCGGAAGACUCGGGGGUUUACACCUGCACUGCCAGGAACUUGGCAGGAUCUGUGUCCUGCAAAGCUGAACUCACCAUUCAUGAAGCCAAAACUAAAGAAGAUCCAGCAGAGGAUGAGGAGACCAUUCUCAGGAAAAUGCGUAGACUGACUGACUAUUAUGACAUCCACAAGGAAAUUGGAAGAGGUGCAUUUUCCUACGUGAAACGUGUGACCCAGAAGAAAGGCAAAAUGGAGUAUGCCGCUAAAUUCAUCUCCACGCGGGCCAAGAAGAAGGUGUCUGCACUCCGAGAAAUGAAUCUACUCUCCAAGCUGGAUCACGAGAGAGUGCUUUAUUUUCAUGAUGCCUUCGAGAAAAAGAACGCAGCCAUCAUCAUCACUGAACUAUGCCACGAGGAGCUGCUUGACAGAUUUACAAGGAAAUCUUCCAUAAUGGAGUCUGAUGUGCGUUCAUGUAUAAGACAGCUGCUCGAGGGAGUGGACUACCUUCAUCACCUCAACAUCAUACACCUGGACAUUAAGCCUGAUAACCUCCUCAUGGCAGACCCUCAUGGCGAUCAGAUCAGAAUCUGUGACUUUGGAAAUGCAGUGGAGUUCACACCUGAUGAGGCUCAAUACUGUAAAUACGGCACACCGGAAUUUGUUGCGCCAGAAAUUGUCAAUCAGACCCCUGUGUCAAAAGCAACAGACAUCUGGUCCGUUGGAGUUAUUGCAUAUCUGUGUCUGACAGGAGUUUCUCCAUUUGCUGGAGAGAAUGACCGCAGCUCCGUAAUGAACAUCAGGAAUUACAAUGUGGCCUUCGAGGAAAACAUGUUUGCUGAUCUUUGCAGAGAGGCCAAAGGGUUCAUCAUAAAACUGCUCGUAGCAGACAGGCUGAGACCCGAUACGCAGGAAUGUCUUCGGCACCCAUGGUUCAAGAUACUUCACAAGGGGAAGGCCAUAAGUACAGAGGCCCUGAAGAAGUUUGUAUCUCGCAGAAAAUGGCAGCGUUCCCUAAUCAGCUACAAAUCAAAAAUGGUCAUGAGGUCUAUACCUGAGUUGCUGAACGAUUCGUCCAGUCAUAUCUCCAUCGCAGUUCCCAGGAACCUUAAAGAAGGGUCACCUUUGCCAUCGUCAUCCUCAGAUUCAGAUGAAGACCUUGAUGAACUGCCGUUUAUUCCAAUGCCACUCAACAUGGAGUUCUCUGGAUCCAGGAUGUCCCUGAACGACAUCCAGACGAAUGAGCAGGAAACAGGAAAGCAAGAUAGCGGUGGUAAAUGGUCUGGGUCUCCUGCUCAAGCCCAGGAGGCAAUGGAGUGUGACCCCAGUCAAAAGGAUAAAGAAGGGGUCGAUUUAACGGGUAAAGGCCGCAUGCGGAAAAGGUCAUCACCAGACAAUGACAGAGGCUCCUCAGAUGAGGACGCACCUGCUGAACUGCCACAAAAGUCCGAGCUUUCGAGGAAACCUCUGCGAAGGGGUUCAAGCAUGGAGUCCGACAAACCAGAGGGAGGGCGACGAAGAGGAGAGCUGAGACGUGGGGGCUCCGCUGACAGUGCUCUGCUGCUCCGGAUAACACCUGAGGAAGGUGCUGCAGAAGGAAACCAAGAGGAAGGCAGGAGAGUUCUGAAGAAAGCUGUCUCUAUGGAACUACCGAGGAGGAGCACCAGCCCAGGAACUGCAAAGAUGAGUCAAGAGGACUACGCUCUUAAACUGGAGCUGAUGAGACAGCGUCUGCUGCGAGGUGGCUCUGUGGACAACAAGAUGAGUGGACUGAGAGGACCUCUGCUGGAAACCUUAGGAAUGGGUGAUGAAAAACGAGCGAUCUCCUCAGAUCGUUACUCUCGUACUGCUCGUCUCGGCCCACCUCCGCUAAUUAGAGCUGCAUCCAGCGAUUCUGCAAGGGAUGAGGUUCCCAAACCUAAAAUUUUGCGCAAAACUGCUUCUUUCAGUCAAGGAGAUUCAGAACCGAUAGCUCUACACCGCCGAUCUGGAGCUCCCUUGGAGAUUCCCUUGGAAAAGUUAGAAGAGAGAAGGCUCAAGGAAGCUAUAUCUAUGUCAUCACUCACUGAGCAAUCCAGGUUUGACUCCCGCCCAACAACACCCAGGGAUCCUUCACCGAAAGCACCAACACCAGAGUCUGUAUUGCAGGAAAGUCCAACCAAAACAGAAAGUGAGGAAUCAUUCAUUGAGAAAGAGAUCAAGCCUGAUGAAAGUAUUAAUGAAAAGAUGGAUGGGCUGACUACUGAUAGUAAUUUUGAUGAAAGAUCAAGCACAAGUGGCUUCUCAGAGAAGGACAUGAGCAUAUCAGAAGAACCAAUGCUUGAAUCAGAGUAUGCAGGCCAGAGAAUUCCUACUCCUACUCUUGUGGCCGAAAGCUCUACACUAGAAGAAAAAAUGGAGGAUGAAGAGGAAGGAAAAGAAGAGUUUAUGAAAGAGCAAGAAGAUGACAGAAAAAUCAGCACUGCUGAAUCAAAUGCUAAGGAAAAUGUAGACGUCUCUGAAGAAAAGGUAGAAGAGGAAGAAGAAGUAAAUAUGACUCCACAGUCUUCUGAUAUGGUCAUAAGCACAAGCUCAGUUAUGGUGAGCCCAACACAAGAAUCUUCUCAUCCCCCUACAAAUGUUCUGACUACUUAUGUAACACCCUCGCCUCCUGCUAAAGUUGUUCUCCCAGAUGGAAGGACCUCAGCCUAUGCCAGUAUUAUGCAGACUAUCAUGGUGCCAUCACUUCAGCCUCCAAAUGAACAAACUUUAGCACCAUCGGCACCCGCUGUUGUGCAGGACACCUCUGCAUCAUCAGUAUCAAAUGAAAGACAUUUACAAACAUCUCCACCAGCUGGUAUUCCUUCAUCUUUGCCUGGUCGACCAAAGCCAACCAUCAUCUCAACCACUGAGCACCCUGCUGUAUACUCGAGGGUGGCCUCACCAGAACUGAUCACAAAAGAACCGAGCCCACCAAAAAUGAUCCCACAUUCCUCAUCCCAACAAGAGCUCUCAGCAGGAGUGGACUUUGAGGACAUUACCUCUGAGGAGGUCUUUGAGGCCCGCUUUAAAAAACGAGAGUCUUCCCUCUCAAGAAGUCUAAAAUUCCUGUCACGGUCGAAGAAUGAGGAGAAAUCACAAGCGACUUCAUCAGACUCCACCGAGUCAGGGGAAGAGAUAUACAGACCCGGGCCGAUCGGUGCACCGUUGGAAUUAGCAUCAAGGAGACUUGAGGAGAAGUCGAAGUCAGUGCAGGACCUUCGUGAAGCUCAAAAGGACCAAGGCUUUAUGAGGAGACUCUCUUUGCGGCUGAAGAGAACUCCAUCGACUGAGCGCAAGGAGGAAGUGACCAAAGAAGAUGAUUCAGUUUCUUCAAGGAGUAGGCUCUCUUGGACUCUGGGCAGAAGAGGCUCACAGGACAAAAAGGAAGUAGAGAUGUUGCGCAUGGACGGUGGAGGUGAUUCAUUAGCAGAGCAAGAUGAAAAGGCUCUAAAGAAACCUAAUCAAUCACCAGUUUUGGCAAUGCGCAAAAAGAUUGAAUCGACAGUGGCGGGUAUCUCCACGAGAAUUCGCAGCUUCUCAGAGGAGAGACGAGCCUCAGAGGAUAAGGAAACCAAGAGGACACCUAUUCUCUCCAUGCUUCGCCGAGCCACAUCAGAGAGCCGUGCUCCAAAAGCCCCCAGUGUUCCUCAGAACCAGCUAGCAGCUCAAACCAGUAACGGGGCCUCCUCAGAGUCCUUAGACUCAAUGUCCAGCCUAAAGUCGGACACAUCAAAGGGUGUGGAGGCUGAGCGUCGGUCCCGCUGGGAUCGCUGGGGGCUGACCAGAGGGAGACGAGACAAGACUGUAUCACAGCCUGAUAUACCAACGGCAAUCUCAAGAGAAAAUAGUGCCCUGCGUUCACGCCAGUACUCCAAAUUAGCCUCUGAUUUCCCACCUGUAUUCCACAUUAAGCUGAGAGAUCACGUCCUGCUGGAGGGGGAUCCAGUUACACUCAGCUGUUUGCCGGCAGGAAGCCCCCACCCGAACAUCACCUGGAUGAAAGAUAAGAAGCCGCUGCAGAUUGAUGCCAGGAUGAAUUUGAUCGCCUGCCCUGAUGGCCGGCAGCUGCUGAUGAUCAUGCAGACCACCAAGAAAGAUGCAGGGGUCUAUGAAUGUGUUGCUACCAACCCUCUGGCUGCUAUAUCCAGCUCCUGCACAAUAUCUCUAGCUCGUCUGCCCAAUCGUCCCGGGACCCCUGAAAUACCUCAAAAAUACAACAACACAGCCUUGGUAUUGUGGAGGCCCUCAGACACUCUGGCCCCCUGCACAUACUCUCUGGAGAGGAAAACAGAGGGUGAGACUUCCUGGUUGAUCGUCGCUACAGGGGUGGCCGACUGUUAUUUCAAUGUGAUUGACUUGCCAGCAGGGGGCUCGUUCAGGUUCAGGGUGGCAUGUGUGAACAAGGCUGGCCAGGGUCCGUACAGCAACCUCUCAGAGGUAGUAAGCCUGGAGGCUUCAGAACCUGCUAAAUCCAGCGCUACCGUGGUGGUCAAGACAGUCCCUGCUAGUACUUCCCCUCCCCCUGUGGUGAUGAUGUCAUCCAUGAAAGUGCCUCCUAUUAAACCAGCUCCCAGUAAACCUGCUACAGCACCAACACCAACCACUCCCUCUCCAGCAGCUCCUGCUCCAACCGUGGUUAAGCCUCCUUCUCCAGUAACCAUCAAACCCACUAUGCAGGUUGAUGUGAUCCGACCUGCAGUUUCUCCGCCUGUUAGUACACCUACACCCGAACAAACUCCUGCUCAGACCACCACAGCCCCGCCAGCUAAAGCCAAGACCACCCUCAGCAUCAGUGUCAGCAAACCACAAAACAAACUGGCCCCUCCUCCUGUUGUCCCACCCAAACCUCGGAGUCCUGUAUCUGCAAACCCCGCCAUAACCAACAAACCUCCUUCCCCUGUGCCUGUCAUCGGGAAACCUAUCUCAUCUGUUCCCAUGUACAAACCUUCUGCGACCACUCGUGUUACUCCGUCUUCUCAAUCUACUUCCACUCCAACAACCACCCCUUCAGUCACUCCUGUGACCAUCUCUCCACCCGUUGUGGUGGUGCAGAGCUUGACGCCAGUGGUGCAGGGAGGGGACAGCCGUGGUACCCCAUCAGGACGUGUCACACCAUCAGGGCGGGCAACACCUUCGGGACGCAGGACGCCGCUGGGCAAGCCUGGAGAGGGAUCUCUGCGCCAGGGAGUUCCACAGAAACCUUACACCUUCAUGGAUGAAAAAGCAAGGGGUCGUUUUGGUGUGAUCCGAGAGUGCCGGGAAAACGCCACUGGAAACCUCUUCAUGGCUAAGAUUGUUCCAUACGAGGCAGACAGCAAGCAGGAGGUGCUGCAGGAAUACGACAUCCUGAAGUCACUUCAUCACGACAGGAUCAUGGCUCUGCAUGAAGCUUAUGUCACUCCGCGCUACCUGGUGCUCAUCUCCGAGUACUGCAGCGGGAAGGAGCUGCUCUUCAGCCUCAUAGACAGGUUCCGUUACUCAGAGGAUGACGUCGUCACCUAUAUCGUGCAAAUCCUUCAGGGUCUGGAUUACCUCCACACCCGACGAAUCCUCCACCUGGACAUAAAGCCAGAGAACAUCAUCGUCACCUACAUGAAUGUUAUCAAGAUCAUCGACUUUGGCAGCGCUCAGACCUACAACCCACUCUUCCUCAAGCAGUUCAGUCCUCCCAUCGGAACGCUGGAGUACAUGUCUCCAGAGAUGUUGAAAGGCGAUGUUGUGGGCCCUCCAGCUGACAUCUGGAGCGUGGGUGUAUUGACUUUCAUCAUGUUGAGCGGCAGGUCACCUUUUAUAGAAAAUGAUCCUCAGGAGACAGAAGCCAGGAUCCAGGCGGCAAAGUUUGACCUAUCUAAACUCUACCAGAAUGUGUCCCAAAGUGCCUCUCUGUUCCUUAAAAAGAUCCUCUGUAGCUACCCUUGGGCCCGCCCUUCCAUUAAGGACUGCUUCAAUAACUCCUGGCUUCAAGAUGCCUACCUGAUGCGCCUUCGUAGGCAGACUCUCACCUUUACGACCACCCGUCUCAAGGAAUUCUUGGCCGACCAGCAGCGCAGGCGAGAGCAGGUGGCCACCAAGCACAAAGUUCUCCUGCGGUCCUACCAGAGCUCACCACAAACCCCCACCAGCCCUGCCACGCCGAAUGUGCCAACUACACCCACCACACCAACAACACCCAUCGCCCAGUGAAACGAGGCUUCCACAAACCUGUUGGCAGGACUUUAGGAGGACCAGACUCUGGGCCACGAGGCGGGUCUGUCGCUUCAGGUUUGAGUUGUUGAGCUUGGUCAGAGGAAACUAGAGAAACCAGCAGCAGCUGUGUUCUUCAAAGACGUCACUUUCUUUUCUUUUCUGGUUCUGAAAAGAAAUCUUAAAAAGAUUCUUUAACACCGAAGGGAACUCUUACAAAGUUACAAGAGCCUGACUGCAUUUUUUUUAUGGUGGACCUUGUUCAUACCAGACAGGAUGUUGUGUGUUUGUACCUCAAGGUUUGUUAUACUUUUUAGAUAAAACACUUCCUUUCUUACGGUCAACUCUAUCACCAUUAGAGGGGACACUUAUUAAAUACAUUGUUAGAACCCUCCAUGAAAGGCCUAACAUGGAUGUUAUGGAUGUUAAAAACAUUAUGUCAUGAAAGUAAAAGGAUUUUUACCAGUUUACAAAAUGAUGACAAUGUAGGAAUAGAAAGCAAGGAAAGCUAAUCAAAUAGUAUCACCCUGACCAGAGGUUCAUUCUAUGAUGUCUAAUUCUAUGUACCAGAUAAACUACAACCUAGAAGACAUGUUUUCCCCUUCAUAAUCUUAAAUGAGAUUGAAUCAAAGCAGCAUUAUCUGUGCUACAGUUUCCCGAGUUUUUAUACUGCUGUAGCAUCUCACUGACGGUCAGGAUUGUAAGAAUGUAGCUGUUCCAGUUUGGAGUUUUUAAAAAGUGUCGGAGGAUUCUCUGCAAGGGCUAUAAGAAAAAGCACUCCUAUAAUGAGCAAAAAAAUUCAUAUCUCGUGAUCAAAAGUAGGAUAGUAAGUAUUUUCGUAUUCUCAAAAGCAGAAUUUAUUCCAUAUAAUUAGUUAUUAGGUCAUCUUUUUUGCCCUGGGGAAAAUGUGGACUGCAGAUCUGUCACUGUGUUAGCAGUCACUCGAGUCCCUUCAGCACAAAUAAGCUAACGAGCAUCACAUUGGCUUCCAGGUAAACGUCACUCUGUCACUGCAGCCCAGUGUGAACAGUCCAGAUUGAUGAGCCAUGUAGAAACACAGACACUCUUUCAGGAGGUGGGUGGGGAAUUGAGUCGCAGUCGAAAAACCGCUGUUGACACCGGGGUGCAUCCAAGUGCCCUUUAAGACUUAGCAUUAGUCAGCAUAAAAAAAGAGAAACCUUUAAUAUUUAAGAUAGAAUAUUUAAUAAGAGCGGAUAUUUAAUAGACAACUUUGAGUGUUCUUAAUUUUGCUGUAAUUUUCAAAUGCUAACAGCUACUGCUCUGAGGAUCUGCUUUAUUUGGUUUUUAUAAAUCACAGUUUUUAAAUUGCAUAAAGUUUUAUAAGUAAAAGGUAUAAAACUUAAAUAAGACAGAAAAUGUAUAUUCAGCAUUAUAUUUCCCUUACAAUAUUCUUAAUGUAUUCCCUAAAGCAUGUGUCACACACCAGCUCGUACAACACUAAGGGUCAACUCACACUAGGCAAUCCAUACCGUGCCUAAGCACGUUUCACCCUCAAAUGUUCAUGUAUUUGAGGACAACCACGGGGGUACACAACAUGGACAGCUUUCAUUAUGGAGGGAUUCUUUUGUCUGUAUCUGACUAAAAUGACUCCAAAUAAGCC